GGGCGCCUCGCCCGCUACCCUAGCCUCUCCGCUCUAUCUACAAAUUUUACGCUCUCUAGAAUUUAUCGGGAAAAUCGACUAUGUCGGACGAGGAACAUCACUUUGAGUCGAAGGCCGAUGCUGGCGCUUCCAAGACUUUUCCCCAGCAGGCAGGAACCAUCCGUAAGAAUGGUUACAUUGUCAUCAAAGGCCGCCCCUGCAAGGUUGUUGAAGUUUCAACUUCAAAGACUGGGAAGCAUGGUCAUGCCAAGUGUCACUUUGUGGCAAUUGACAUCUUUAACGGAAAGAAGCUCGAAGAUAUUGUCCCGUCAUCCCACAAUUGUGAUGUCCCUCAUGUUAAUCGCACUGAUUACCAGCUCAUCGACAUCUCUGAAGAUGGAUUUGUGAGCUUGCUGACUGAUAAUGGUAACACUAAGGAUGACCUGAGGCUUCCAACCGAUGAAAAUCUGCUCACUCAGAUCAAGGAUGGAUUUGCUGAAGGGAAGGACCUGGUUGUUAGUGUCAUGUCUGCAAUGGGAGAGGAGCAGAUUUGUGCCCUCAAGGAUAUUGGUCCAAAGUAGCGUCCCUCUACCAUUGGGGAUUGCUUGCUGCCUUUUAAUUUUCAAGUAUGGGAGGAUCGUGAACCAUCUUUUCCAUACGUAAGAUUGGAAUGUUGAUGGUUUUUGUUCUCGACUAUUGAAGACUACUUUAUCCUUAAAAGUUUCAUGUGAGUUAUUACACACUUGUGUUAUGUUCUGUUUUUUUCUCCCCUUUUGAUAAAAGUGUUUGAAGGUUGUUUAUUAUGGGCGAGUAGAAAUUGAUUUCAGUGCAAAUUUAUGAACUUGUAGCACAAUCUGGUUCCUUUUCCAUUCCUGCAAACUUAUGAGUUAUGAAUAAUUGUUGUUAGUUGAUUGCUGCC